CAGGAGCAGCAAGAGCAACCAGCGUACUUACUUCGGCGGCUGUGGAAAGGUCGCCUCUUUUCUUCCUCCCUGUUGUGGAGGGAGGGGAAGGAGAAGGAAACGCGCCAGCUCUCUCGCUCGCCUGGGCAAAGCAACACCGCCUUAGAAUAAAGACGUGUCAGCAGGAUUGCUUGGCCGCCGCCGCCACUGUAGCAGCAGAAUUCACCCAGCCUAAAUUAUUCACGACCGCGUCUCUCCAAGUGCCAGGCGAUGCCCGUCGUCGACAAGCUCCGCCUGGAAGAGGCUUUGCAGGAUAGUCCGCAGACUCGGUCUUUGCUCAGUGUGUUUGAAGAAGAUGCAGGAACACUUACAGAAUACACCAACCAGUUACUUCAAGCAAUGCAACGAGUUUAUGGGGCUCAGAAUGAAAUGUGCCUGGCAACCCAACAGCUCUCCAAGCAGCUGCUUGCAUAUGAAAAACAGAACUUUGCCCUGGGUAAAGGAGAUGAAGAAGUGAUAUCCACCCUUCAGUACUUUUCAAAGGUUGUGGAUGAGCUUAACCUUCUACAUACUGAAUUGGCCAAACAGCUGGCUGACACCAUGGUUCUUCCUAUCAUCCAGUUUCGUGAAAAAGAUCUUACAGAAGUAAGCACUUUAAAGGAUCUCUUCAGCCUUGCAAGCAAUGAACAUGAUGUUUCCAUGGCAAAAUACAGCAGACUACCCAAAAAAAGAGAGAACGAAAAGCUAAAGGCAGAAGUUGCAAAGGAGGUGGCCAGUGCCCGGAGGAAGCAACAUCUUUCCUCGUUGCAGUAUUACUGUGCCUUGAAUGCUUUGCAGUACCGUAAGAGAAUUGCCAUGAUGGAGCCAUUGCUGGGAUACACACGCUCGCAGAUUAAAUUUUUUAAGAUGGGAGCUGAGAUGUUUUCCAGAAAAAUGGACAGCUUUUUGUCAUCUGUUUCAAGCAUGGUUCAAAGUGUUCAGGAAGAAUUGGACACCGAGGCUGAAGCCAUGAGGGUAUCUCAGCAAGAUCUGCUUUCAGUUGGUGAAUCAACGUACACACCUGAUUACGAUGCGGCCUCACCUUUCAUCAACAGAAACCUUAUCCAAAAAGCUGGCUAUCUCAACCUUAGGAACAAAACAGGCCUAGUGACUACAACAUGGGACAGGUUGUACUUCUUCACUCAAGGUGGGAACCUGAUGUGCCAACCCAGGGGAGCUGUAGCUGGGGGACUGAUCCAGGACCUGGACAACUGCUCUGUGAUGGCCGUCGAUUGUGAAGACCGGCGGUACUGCUUUCAGAUCACCACUCCAACAGGAAAGCCGGGCAUAACCCUUCAGGCAGAAAGCAAGAAGGAAUAUGAGGAGUGGAUAUGUGCAAUCAACAACAUCUCCCGGCAGAUCUAUCUUACCGACAAUCCUGAAGCAGUUGCCAUCAAACUAAAUCAGACAGCGCUGCAGGCAGUGACCCCAAUCACAAGCUUUGGGAAAAAGCAGGACACCCUCUCCCCCAGCCAGGAUGUGAAGAAUGUGGAGAUGCUGAAUGACAGGACAGUUCCUAAUGAAGCUGCCAGCAUUCCAGACGCCACUGAGUUAAUUGCACCUGGAACGCCAAUUCAGUUUGACAUUGUACUGCCUGCCACAGAGUUCCUAGAUCAGAACAGGGGUGGCAGGCGCACAAACCCAUUUGGAGAGUCUGAAGAUGGCAAGAAAGAGGAUGAGGCGGAUUCACUCUUGCAGCAGAUGUUCAUAGUCCGCUUUCUUGGAUCGAUGGCAGUCAAAUCCAACCACACAAUGGAAGUGAUCUACGAAGCAAUGAGGCAGGUGCUGGCAGCCCGGGCCAUUCACAACAUCUUCCGUACGACAGAAUCCCACCUCUUGGUCACUAGUAAUGACCUGAAAUUAAUAGAUCCUCAAACCCAAGUUACAAGAACAAGUUUCGAUCUUGCCAACGUGACACAAUUUGCUGCUCAUCAAGAAAACAAGAGGCUGAUUGGGUUUGUGGUUUGCGACUCUGAGUCUCCGGGGGAAGAUUCCAUGAGCGCUUAUGUAUUUGAGAGUAACACCGAAGGGGAAAAGAUUUGCUAUGCAAUAAGCCUAGGGAAGGAAAUCCUUGAGGCUCGGAAGGAUCCAGAAGCACUAGCCCAGUUAAUGUCAUCCAUGCCACUGACCAAUGAUGGAAAAUUCAUGCUGUUGAAUGACCAGUCAGAAGAGGACAACAUUGUACAUGGAGAUGGGCAGGAGGAGUCAGAAGCUUAAGUUGCACUCCCUCUCAGUGGAGGUGGCUAAACUGUGCUCUCAGCUAUGAUCCAACAUGGGUGGAUAUCUUGAGAUAGGAUGAGAGAACUUGAUUUGAAAUAUUUGGAAUGGCAAUCUUUGAAAUCCUCCCAACCAUCAGCAUCAUGUCAUCUGCAACUAGCAUUGAGAAAAGCCUGAUGGCCACCAGCAAAGACUUAAUGCAAGACAUACAUGCAUCAGGGUUCUUCUUGAGAUAUUAAAUCACCUCCUCACCCCAUGUAAUUCUUUUAGGAAUGCAGCAAGUUUGCAAGUCCACCUACUCCCAGUUUUCUACUGCAACCAGGGCUGUGUGUACUCCUUUAACUGCAUAAAUUAUGUGCAUAUGCUUAUUUUGCAUAAUUCUACCUGUGUAGCAAGGAGUUACAUAGGCCACUGAAGCUCCGCCCUCUGGUCCUAGUCAGUGCAUGUACACACAGCACAGACAAGCUACUAUGAUUUCACCAGGCAUGUCUGUCAUCUUAGGCACAACAGACUGAAAUGAGAAGUUAUCAACAAACUGAAUUUUGCCAGGAAUAUACACAGCCCUAAUAAACAUUUUAGUCUUUAUGUAUCAGAGUAACAGUUAAUGUGGAAUGCAUUACCUCUACACAAAGUUGUUUUUAGGCUCCAGUAUACUUUUUAAAAGAGUAGCAGGAACACUAUUUUGAGCUAGGCUGUUUAGAACACUAUUUCAUAAAUACUUUCCUAAUUAAUAUCUAUUUUUAUACUGUAUCUGGAGUAAGCUUUCAAUAUUAAAUCUAAGUGCCUACCAUUUUUGUGCGGACCAUGGUUAUCAUUCUGUAAAGUAGGCAUCUCAGCCCCUUGAGGUAGCAGGAGGACCAGCCGUUAUGCAUUAAGCCCAUCUGAAGUCUCAGCUACUCACUAGGGAUGAACAGCAAUUUCUUUUGGCCAAGUAACUUGUCGGAAGCACCACUCCUAUGAGCCAGGUAGGCUAACUUUUGCACUGAUCUGUAAAGUUGGGUUAGUGCCCCUCUAGGAUUACCAUGGGAACUGGGUCACUCUUAUCCCAGAUGAAGGAUUUCUUCAAAUCUAGAUGUAGGCAGCCUGGCACAUGAAGCACUUCUGCGCCAAGGAAGCAAAGCAGCUUCUAAGGAAACAUUUUUUUUCAGGCAAAGGACCAAUCUAAGCACAUUGUAAGAUCUUACCGCUCAUAAGGCUAGUAAAAAUUGGGAUAUACCACUAUACUGGGACUUGUGGGUUUACUAUUGUCAAUUCAAGUAUCAUGCAAGAACAGAGCCAGCUCUAAUGAAGUUUACCUGAUUUCUCUGGAUGUUUUACAUAAUAUUUGUUUUAAUGUUAACAACUCAACCGUUUAGCAAUAAUGCUAGAUUAAAAUCUUUGAACAAAAUAA